CACACACCAGCAACUCCAUAAACACACUGGCCGUUCUGGACACGUACUAUGGAUGACUCGGCGUAUAAACCGAAGAGAAUACUAUCGGAGGAAGCCAAGAAAAAAAAGAGAGAAAGUGACAGAGAGCGAGACAAGACAAGAGUUAACAUCGGGCCAGCUUUUAUUCGCUGGAGAGAGAUCAGAGAAGAGACUGAAUGCAAGACGGAUGCCGAAUUAGCCUUGUUGCUAUUGGAUUUCUUUCAAACACGGCAUAUGUCCUCUUCUCCCAGUAAGAGACCCAUAGAAUCACGACCAGCAAGGGUUACAGAAGAGUCUGGGGAUGAAGAUAUCCAUAACAAAGGAGCUCUUCUGGGGUGCAGAGAGACCGAAGAGGUUGGUGUAGAACUCAGCAUGUACUCUUUGAGCAAUACUGAAGACGAGCAAGAGGACUCUACAGAUGAGGAUGAGGUGAAUUUAAGUGCCAGAGGGACCAAAUAUAAAUCCGGGAUGUGCUCAAUCCAUGGAUGUGACUCAUGGUGCCGCAGUGCUCAACAGUUCAAGUUACCUGAGGACCCAGAGAGGAGGCUGGAGUGGGUCAUGUUCCUAGCUAAAGUCAACAAGCAGUGCUUCAAAGAAUCAUCCUGGACUGAUAUUACUGUGUGUAGUGAACACUUUACAGACGACUGUCUUGUUAAUUUGAAUGGCAUUGUCCAGCUGAAGGCCGGCGCUGUCCCAACAUGUCUGAAUUCAGGACUAGAGGAUCCUGUGGAAAGCCACAGAAAUGAGCCUGUGGAUAACUCAGAAGCUGUUGGUAAUCACGAUCAACUCAAAACGCAUGAAGGGCCAAAUUCCUGUUCUGAAGAAUCAGGACUGGCUUCACUGGGCUUCCCAAGUGGAGCCUCAUGUUCAGCUGAUUCUUCUCUACGUAGCCAAAUACAACCAAAAUGUGUGAAUGCUGACUUAAUCAAUGAAAAAGCUGCACUUUUAAAGGAAAAGGGGAAGUUUCCUGUGAACGAAAAACGCCUCCUCCAGUUGUUCGGCCGCAACUGUCCGUCGUGUGGAGCCAAGCUCCUGAUGUACAAGGUUACUCGUGGCGUGGUCAUCAGCAUGCACCAGCUAUGCCGGAAGUGUGACUACACAUACCAGUGGAAAAAUCAGGUUGAUGGGAAUGUCCCAGCAGCUGAAAAUGGACCUCCGACUAGAGGCUCAGAGGCAACACCGGCAGAUGAAGCAUCCAGCAACAUCACAGGUGCUCCUGAGGUUGGUUUAGAUGAUGAUGAGGAGAGUGACUCCAUGAACGGAUCAAAUGAAUCAAGCAAUCCUGAUGACACGGAUUCAGAUGAAGACUGGAAUCCAUCUCACAGUGUUUACCCAAUGAAAUUGCUCCAUGCUAAAACAAAUGAAGACUCCAACGAAGAUGAGGAAGAAUGUAAUGACAAUUAUUAUCCUGCACUCACUCCUCAGUUCAGUCAGCUCUGCACAGAUUGUGGAAAAUUUUUUGAUAAACGAAGGCCUCACAUAUGUGAGCACAAACUGAAGCCUUUCUCCUGCAAUAUUUGUGGAAGCAGAUGUAUAAACAAGCAUGCUCUUAAUAUUCACAGCAGGAUCCACAAUGAAAACUAUGAGUUUCGCUGCAAAUACUGCCACGCUGCGUUCAAGUUAAAAGCAGACAAAAUCACUCACGAGCAGGUUCAUAUGACCCAAGGGACACCGUACAAAUGUCCAGAAUGUUCAGAGACAUUUGCCACAAAUAAAGAACGGAAAAUACAUCUGGAAGAUCACAGAGGCCCAAACGCCUUCAAUUGUCGCAUCUGCAAUGUGAAAUUCCGCUCGCAAAAGGACUACGAGAGACAUGUGGUGGUGCAUACAGGGGAAAAGCCGUUCAAGUGUUCAGUAUGUCAGCGUGGCUUCACUCAGGCAGGUAAUCUGAAAUCCCACAUGCGUCUUCACACAGGGGAGAGGCCUUACAAGUGUCAGCACUGUGGCAAAUGCUUCAAUCACAACGUGAGUUUAAAGAGUCACAUCCAGCGUUAUCACACUGCGAGUACUGGACCUGAGCAGAAAAACGAUAUGAACAAAAGUGAUGCUGAUGGUGCACAGAGAAGUGGAAGUAAGAGAGGUGCAGAUUCAGAGUUUGGUGGUCUAGCAGAGGAACAGGAUUCAAAUGAUGGUGUGCAGAUGGAUUGUUUAUAUAGACCAAAAUGUAAAAAGAGAUCGACUGGCAGACCAAUUGGAAGGCCUAAAAGGUCUGGAUCAGAACAGGUUGUUGGGGAAAAUCAAGCGGAAAGCCAGGAUUCAAACAGAGAGGCUAGAAAAUCACAAGUGAAGAGGCGAAAGAGAAAAGCACGUGCAGAUGAAGAAGGUGAAGGUGAACCUUCCGAUAUCAACACUGAUUGUGAAGAGAACAGAGAGAAACCAAGAGACACAUCAGAACAUUCUGGGCUUGACUGAUUUUGAUCCAGCAGAAACUAAGAAGAGGCGCAGCAGAAGGGCAGAAGCAAAGGGAGGACAUACAGAAUUAAUGUAUUUUUGGGGUUAGGCACUGAAAUAGAAUUCAUAAAGAACUGGACCAAUUUCCUAUAAAAGUAUUUUUCAAUUUAUAUAAAAUAAUAAUGAUUCUUUGCCUUUUUUAGUGGGAAGAAAAAUGUUUGCUUUGAUUUCAGCCUUUGUUCACUGUGUGGACUGUUUUGACUGGAUAUACUAAACUGAGCUUAAAUGCUUAGUUUCCUUUUUUAAAUAAUUUUUCUUAAUUUCAUUAUACAAUAUAUGUUAUUUACUUAACCUCCUGUUCUAGCACCUGGACAUGUCUGUUAUGGUUUUAUUCAUCCUUUUUACAUCAAACUCUGGCAUUCUUAGUUCAAAUGUUACAAAGUUAUUAUUGUUCACUAAACCUUCAGAAAAGCAGAUGAAAAGAAAAAUUGACAAAUGACUUUAAAUCAAUUUGUUUACUUAAAAAUUGGAACGAAAAAAGUAAAAAUAAUGGGUGAUGAUCCAGAGACUUCGAUGUAUCGGUAUUGUCAUUCAUCAUUCGGUGAUACAGAAUAACCACACAGGUAAUGGGUUACUUUUCGAAACUUUUGCUGGUACCAGUUGAGGCUUCUUUUUUUUUUUUUUUUACAAAGUAAAGUUUUAUGUUAACUCUGUCCAGAGGCAGAGUCCCCCUUCUCAGGGAUAUGGGCAUAUCGGAUGAACCACCACCAAAUGGAAAUGUGGAAUGUGGUGUGACAAAUCAGUAUUGCAAAUCUACUAUAUUGCCAAAAGUAUUGGUUCACCUACCUUGACUCUUGUAUGAACUUAAUAGAAAUCCCAUUAUUAAUCAAAUGAGUUCAGUAUAAUGUUGGCCCACCCUUUGCAGCUAUAACAGCUUCAGCUUUUCUGGGAAGUCUUUCUACAAGGUUAGGAGUGUGCUUAUAGCAAUUUUUGACCAUUCUUCCAGAAGCACAUUUGUGAGGUCAGACACUGAUGUUGGAUGAAAAAUCCUGGCUUUCAGCCUUCACUCUAAUUUAUCCCAAAAGUUGAGGUCAGGACUGUUCAGGCCAAUCAAGUUCAUCCACACCAAACUUGCUCAUCCAGGGCAAACAAAC